AUGGCGACACCUGCUAUUGUUUUCGGAGGCGGGACCUUCAGUCCCCCAUACGUCAAAUCUGCCGACGAGACCCAGGCAUAUCUGGACCUCCUCGGGGAGCUUGGUAUCAAGAUCAUUGAUACAGCUGCCCUUUAUGGCCAGUCCGAGACCUUUCUCGGUGAAAGGGCGGCGGCGAGCAAAUUCACGAUCGACACGAAACAUCCGGGAGUUAUGAACCCUGAGCCCUCUACCAAAGACGUCGUGAUCGCUUCCGGGAAGGAGAGCUUGAAGAAGCUUGCCACCUCGCAGGUCGAUGUUUACUAUCUCCAUAAUCCGGACACUCGCCUUCCAUUUGAGGGGACACUGGAGGGUAUCGACGCCCUGUAUAAAUCUGGGGCCUUCCGCAGAUUUGGCAUCUCAAACUUCGACGCGGACCAGGUGAAGGAGGUUCUGCGGAUCUGUCGGGAGCGGGGCUUUGUGCUCCCAACGGUGUACCAGGGCAAUUACAACGCAGUGGGGCGUCUGCCUGAAACCGAGCUCUUCCCCAUUCUCCGCGAGAACAACAUCGCCUUCUAUGCCUACAGCCCAAUCGCGGGAGGCUUCCUAGCCAAAACCCCCGAGCAGCUCAAGGAGGGCAAGGGGCGGUGGGACCCCGAGAGCUUCAUCGGCAAGCUCUACAAGCACCUGUACCUCGACCGGCCCACGAUCCUCGGCGCGCUGGACGAGUGGGGAGCGAUCGCCAAGUCGGAGGGCAUCCCGCCGGCGGAGCUGGCCUUCCGCUGGACGGUCCACAACUCGAUCCUCGACGGGGCCAAGGGCGACGCCGUCAUCAUCGGGGCGUCGAGCCUGGCGCAGCUCAGGGGCACGGUGGCCGGCAUCCGAAAGGGCCCGCUGAGUGCAGAGGCACAGAAGAGGAUCCAGGGCGUGUGGGACAGUGUGAAGCAUGACGCGUUCCUGGAUAAUAUCAACGGUCUCUCUGAGGAGUUCAAGAAGAAUCUGGGUGAGGCGGUGAAAGGGCAUUGA